AAACGCACAACCCCAUUCACCGAUCACCACCAACCCACUUCUGAGCUUUCUUUAUUCCUUUUAACAUCCCUAUCAGAAAUCUAAUUUUCAUCCUCUUCAUCCUCACAGUUCUCACAGUCGUUCCAAUCAACUUUUUACGAUACAUUAAGUUUUGUUCAUCAAGUCUUUAAUUCUUCUUCAUCUCAUCUUCAAUCAUGAAAGCUAUUAUCCUUGUCGGUGGAUUUGGUACUAGGCUUCGUCCUUUGACCUUGACUUUACCCAAGCCAUUGGUCGAGUUCUGCAACAAGCCGAUGAUUGUUCAUCAAAUCGAAGCUCUUGUAGCUGCUGGGGUCGACGAGAUCGUUUUGGCGGUAAACUACCGACCAGAGGUGAUGGUGGCUGUGUUGAAAGAUACCGAGGAAAAGUACGGGAUUCGAAUCACAUUCAGUGUUGAAACUGAGCCGUUGGACACUGCUGGUCCACUCGCUUUAGCCCGAGAUAUCCUGGGAAAGGAUGAUUCACCCUUUUUUGUCCUCAACUCUGAUGUCACUUGCAGCUACCCCCUCAAACAACUUGCCUCAUUCCAUCAAGCCCACGGUAAGGAGGGUACUAUCAUGGUCACUAAAGUUGACGAACCUUCAAAAUACGGUGUGGUCGUACAAGUCCCAAAUAGUUCAGAGAUCGAUCGCUUUGUUGAGAAGCCAGUUGAAUUCGUCGGCAAUCGGAUCAAUGCUGGAAUCUAUAUUUUCAGCCCUAAGGUCUUGGACAGGAUUGAAUUAAAACCAACAUCGAUUGAGAAGGAAACAUUCCCGGCUAUGGUUAACGACUCACAGCUCCAUUGUAUGGAUCUUGAAGGUUUCUGGAUGGACAUUGGACAGCCUAAAGAUUUUAUCUCGGGUACUUGUCUAUACCUUGGUCAUCUUACAGCGAUCGGCGACUCUCAAAUUAUGGACCAGCAUAAUCACAAAUGGAUCGUCGGAGGAAAUGUGCUCGUUGAUCCUACAGCGGUCAUAGAUCCCACAGCUAUGAUUGGACCGAAUGUAGUGAUCGGACCAAAGUGUGUGAUCGGUAAAGGUGCUCGGCUUCAGAGAUGUGUGAUCAUGGAAGGAGCACGAGUCAAGGACCAUUCAUGGGUCAAGAGCUCAAUUAUCGGAUGGAACUCUACCGUUGGUCGAUGGGUCCGAUGUGAUAACACGACUGUACUGGGAGAAGAUGUCAACAUCAAGGAUGAAUUGCUCGUCAAUGGAGCAUCAGUCUUGCCCCAUAAAUCCAUCUCGGCUUCGAUCACUGAACCAGCAAUCGUGAUGUAGAUCAAAGAUGAUAACGCAACUCGUUUUCCACAUGUGUGUAUGCGUUGGCUGUGCCUCUCAUCACCAAUCUUGAGGUGGACACCCUCCGUUUGUGCAAUGUUUCUUUUUUAAAGUGGACCAUCAGACAUCUAUAAUUAUUGCAUGAAAUGAAAUAAGACGAUACAGAACUUAUCCUUAGCGUAGCUGUAUGAUAUUAAACAUUUUCACGUCCAUCUUUUGUGGUACAUGAUACUGACAAUAUUUCAAUGAUUGAAUAAAAUACCAUUUACAAAUUUACUUUGAUCUCACGUUUCCAACU